AUGGAAGAUCAGAGGAGCAUGAGGGAGGAGCAGAUGAGGCAGGGGCGAGACAUUAAGGAGCUUAAAUGCUCCAGAGGAUUCCCGGAGGGAGCAGUGGCUGCCAUCAUUGAGGUAACCCCCUAUCACCCUCAGACAAGUGGACAGGUUAAAGUCUCCAACAGGGAACUCAAGAGGAUCCUUGAGAAGACUAUAAGUACUUCAAGAAAGGACCGGGCAAGGAGACUUGAUGUUGCUCUCUGGACAUACCGGACUGCUUUCAAGACCCCUAUUAGAAUGCCUCCAUACCAGCUGGUUUAUGGUAAGGCCUGUCACUUGCCAGUGGAGUUGGAGCACAGAGCAUAUUGGGUAACAAAGUUUCUGAACUUUAAUGCCAAGGCUGCAAGAGAGAAGAGGUUGCUCCAGCUGAAUGAGCUUGUUGAGUUCAGAAACUAUGCUUAUGAGAAUGCUGCCAAGCUCUACAAGGAAAAGGCCAAAAAGUAG